CAGGUCACAACAACACUUGAAAGCUUUUUCUUUCUCUGGAAAACACUUCAAAGCACUUGGCUCUUGAAGUUUCCUUAGAAGUUAAGCUUAUUCCGCAAAACCCUGUCGGAAAAAAAAACCACCGUAUCAAACACCAACAAUAACCACGGCAACCCCAAACCCAAACAAGCCCUACACAUCUAUCUCAAUUUUCACCCUCAGCGAUUCAUUCACGUGAACUCAAAAUGAGAGACGCACAAAACGACACCGUUUCACCGGAGAAAACAGAAACGACAAACACCGAUUUGCCAAACGACGUCGUUUUAUUCGGCAAUUACCAUCUGCAAAACUUGCUCGGUGUCGGCGCGUCGGCGAAGGUGUACCACGCGCUGAACGUGGACACUGGCCAGAGCGUGGCGGUUAAGGUCGUCAGCAAGCGAAAGCUCGUCGCCGGCGGAGGUGGCUCUGCCGCCAGCAUAGAGCGCGAGAUCACCAUCAUGCGCCGUCUCAACCACCAAAACAUCAUCGAGCUCUUCGAGGUUCUCGCCACGAAAACCAAGAUCUACUUCAUCAUGGAGUUCGCCGCCGGUGGAGAGCUUUUCCACGCCGUCGAGGGUAAAGGACGCCUCGACGAGCCUCUAGCAAGGAAAUACUUCCGGCAAUUGAUCUCCGCCGUGAAGCACUGCCACUCCCGCGGCGUUUUUCACCGCGACCUGAAACUUGACAACCUUCUCCUCGACGGGAACGGCGACCUCAAGGUAACGGACUUCGGGCUGAGCGCGGUCAAGAGCCAGAUCAGAUCCGACGGGUUGCUUCACACCGCUUGCGGCACUCCGUCGUUCGUCGCGCCGGAGAUUCUCGCGAAGAGAGGCUACGACGGCGCCACCGUUGAUGUAUGGUCAUGCGGCGUCGUUUUGUUCGCACUCACGGCGGGUUAUUUACCAUUCAAUGACUACAACAUGACUGUUCUUUACCGCAAGAUUUACCGCGGUCAAUUUCGUUUCCCGAGGUGGACCUCACCUGAUCUGAAGAAUCUCUUAUCACGCAUGUUGGAUCGGAGCCACGAGACGAGGAUCACCAUUGAUGAGAUCUUGGAAGAUCCGUGGUUCAUUGCGGGUGGGUACAUACCCGACCCGGUUUUGGUCAAGGAGAAACAGUGUGAGGAUGCACAAACCGGGGUGGAUUGCUUGAACGCGUUUGAUUUGAUAUCUUUCUCCACCGGGUUGGACAUGUCGGGUAUGUUUGUAGAUCCAAUCGGGUCGGAUUCUGUGGAGCGGGUUGUAUCGGAGGCGGCGGCGGAGGGGGUUGUUGAGAGAGUGGUGGCGGCUGCGAGAGAGGCGGGGUUGGUGGUGAAAAGGAAGGAGAAUGAAGUCAAAUUGGAAGGGCAUGAUGAUAAUUUGAUUGCACUAGUAGUGGUUUACCGGUUAACGGAUGAGUUGGUGGUUGUUGAAAUGAAGAGGCGUGAGAAGGGAUGUGAAUGUGGUUGUAAAUUCUGGAAAGAUAAAUUGCGGCCUUUGCUUUUUGAAUUGGCUCGCAAACAGGAAGUCCCGGUCACUCGGUGACUUCUUAACUGAAUAAAUAUAAUAUUCUAAUUGCACUA